AUGUUGAACGAAAGUCUUACAAACCCAUUCUUUGGUAAAAGUAAGUGCAACAUUGUCAGAGCUGUCAACAUUCUUUUCAAGAAAGGUUUGUUGGAACCAAUUCCAGAUGACAAGCUGACAGAAACUUUUGUACCAAAAGACGAAACAAACUUUUCAUUGUUAGCAAGACCAAAAGUUGUUCCAGACAAAGUUCUAGUACAAAAGAAGUACACGGUUCCACAAGGGGUUGGUAUGUUCAGAUACCAACCUGAACCAGAAGAACUUCCAAUGAGGUUGCAAGAACUUCAAGAUGCUAUAAACAAACUUCCAUUGAGACAUCCAAUUGACGUCAAAUUAUAUUGGAGAGCAUCUGAGUUAGGUCAGAAGGUUUUAUAUGAAACAGGUUGCUUCGACGAUGUUUAUGAGAUAACAGGAGAAGUUUCUCAGAAGAUAAGAGACUCACUUGAAUUUCCACAAACUGGACCAAUUGGUUGCAACAAGUUCGACUCAGAUGAAAAGAUAUACUAUGUCGACCUUAACGCUGCAUACAUGAGGUUUGUCCAAUAUAUUCCGACUGGAAUUCCAAACGAAGAUGGUGAGUUCCCGGGAAGGAACUAUACAGUUGGAAAAGUCAUACAACAACUGUAUGAUAUUAGGAAAGCUUCAAACCCCAAACUUGCAAUGACACUCAAAUUGCUUAUGAAUUCGACAUGGGGAUAUUCCAUUAAGAAACCUCAAGAGAUGAAGAGUAAACAUUAUGAGAAGGUCGACAACUUUGUUGAAGGGUUUUCUCCUUUUGUUUUGAAGUACGAAUUCACUCAAGGUCAAAGUGGCUUAGUAACCACAUUAAAACCUAUUGUCGAACAUUGGUCUUACCCUCAGUUCGCAAAGGCA